CAAACUUGUGGUGAAUUGUAGACUUUCCGACUCUCAAGUCGACGACGUGGCACUGUUGGCUAGCUUUUUGUGUACUUUUCGUGUGUGUAUAUAGUGAUUGAUUGUUGAUUUCGAUAUUUAAACGCUAAACAUUUCGACCUCAGUCGUCGCGCGUUUCGUUUUAACUAAAAUAUUCGGUACUCACAUCGCUGCCAUUUAAGUUCGCGAAUCAUAUUUGAUUACAUCUGCCGCAAGUGUUUGUGAAUAAAUGAAAUUGACAAAGUCAGCAACACAGCAGUUUGAGAUUUAAGGAUCUGCGAUUUUGGAAAUAAAGUGCUGACACAAAAGCAGCUAAUUUAGAAUAGUAAAUAGCAGCAGCCGAAAUAAGUAAAGCGCAUACCACUACCGGCGUGUAUUCUCUCCCACUCAUUCACAGCACAGCACAGCACAGCGUAACACAGUGCCAACACAUUGCCACAUCGGUACAAGCACCAAUUCACAUUCACUUCACUGAGCAGGAUGCGACAUUGUCAUUUAGUUGCACUGUCGAUUGGUGUGUGUGUGGCAGCAAUGACGCUGUUGCCCGCCACCGUGUGCGCCACCACAGAGGUACAGGAGACGCCACUGGCGUUGCCCGUCGCCGAUCAGACACAACCGACCACGGCAUCACAAGGCGAAAUAUGGGAGGAAGAUGAUCAUGAGAUUUUGAUACGCAAUGAGCGUGGCACAAAGAGCGAUGGUCUUUCCUGCCGUUAUGGCAAAAAUCCAUGGACUGAAUGUGACCAAAAAACCAACACACGCUCACGAACGUUGACAUUGAAGAAGGGCGAUCCGGCAUGCGAUCAAACGCGAACCAUACAGAAGAAGUGCAAAAAAGCCUGCCGAUAUGAGAAGGGUUCCUGGUCUGAAUGUGCUACUGGGCAAAUGACACGCGCUGAUAAAUUAAAGGCGACUAGCGAUCCAUCGUGCGAAGCAACACGUGUCAUCAAGAAGAAUUGCAAACCUGGCAAAUCCAAGGAUAAGAGCGCCAAGGAACAACGCAAAAAUAAGGAUAAAGGUGUACGCAAAGCACGCGCCUAAUUCCCCGGCAGUACACUACCAACCCAGCGAAGAGUUUCAAUUUGAAUUCAAGAAAAAUAAAACUGAAAAUAUUGAAACGUAAUGCAAACUAAAUCGCAUGCAAGUACUCGUAUCACCACAUACAUAAAUACACAUACAAACAGAAAAAUGAAAUUCGCAAAAAGGGGAAAGUUCAUUUAAUUUUAAAAAUCAAACAAAAACACUACUAACUGACAGACUUCUUACAAAUACUUACAUACAACAAAGCAAAGAAGUGAAACGAAUAAUAGAUAAAAAAAAAAACAGAAGGUAAACUAAGAUCAGACUUAAAACGUUAAAUAAAAUUAACCAAACCAAUGCGUAGCUGCAGCAAAGGAAAAAACAAAUAAAUAAAUAAAUAAAUAACAGUGAAAACCCUUACCACUUAAAAAGUAUUUAUAGAGAUCUCCACAACUUGAUUACAAAAAUAGUAAACACUGAAAAGUACGUUUAAAAUAAAUAAAACAAAAAAAUACAACAGACUUAUAUACCAUAUAUACAUUAAGAGUUGCUAAAAAAGAAGAGUUGCAAUUACAUACCAAAACAAAAAGUUACAAAAACCAAAAGAAAUGAAAUUAUUGAAAUGAAAAUAAAAGACAGUAAAAUUAUACAUAUACAUACAUAAAGUAAGUUAGGUGGAUGUGGCAGUUAAAUAAAACAGCAAGUGUGUACUCGAACUGGCGGCAGCAGAUGCGUCCGAACAAGAGCCGAAUGUGGACGAACGCGAGGCACGAAUUUCGAUUAGCUAUGUGAUUCUGGCCGAACGCGUACGAGCGACAGUGGUACAGAUGGUACGAACCGAAAGUAAAUUAAAAUUUUAUUAAAAUUAAAAAAGUAAAAGAUUCAAAAAUUUAAAUUAAGAAUUAUUACUUAUAUACGAUACAGUACGAGGAGGAGGCAAAAACAAAUACAUAAGUAUUGAGAGGAAAUGAAACAAAAGGUGAAAUUAUAUUUGUUUUACAAUGAAAGAUAUAAGGAAAAAGCCAAAUCCAACACAUUAAGUAGAUUUUACUAUGAAAGUAAAAAAAAAA